AUGGCCUCAGCAGAUGGAAAUACACGGCUCAUUAAUGCGAUAACUGGAUUUAGCAUUAGUACGAACAUUCAAUAUUUUAUUAAUAUAGAUGAUUUAAAAGGGCUUAUUAGCCAGCAGUGGGAAAUACCACCUGAGGAGAUAUUUCUGUUAUGUUCGUCUGGAACGAAAUUUACAAAGCAAAUAUUUCAAGAGCUGGUGGGUGAGUUAGCUAGUGAGGACAAGAAACAGACUACUAAAGUCUCUUUCGAAUUAUGUGUAUUUGACCGAAGGUUAUUUCAUCCUACGGGUGAAGGGGGGAGGACUUCAUUUAUCAAGGGACCUAAACAGGAGAAGAUAACGUUAGUAAAACCGCUUAAAUCUCCUAUAAUGGAUGAAGGGCCUGAUCUUGAGGAGAAUAUUUCUCAUAGAAAGGCGGUCAGCCUCAUUAUUACAAAUUCGGGGUGGUUGAGUGCUUUGGAAAUAGACGUACGAUACUUUCAGGAAUUUAUUGUAGAGUGCAUGCAACAGUCAAGGAAUAUUGGCAAAAGUUUAAGUGCUGUUUUUCAAUACUUGAAUUCAUAUUCAACAGGGGUAGAAAAGCUGUAUACUGCGAACGAAACGGUUUUAAAUGAGAUUCGGGUAAAUGAGCUUACAAGCAACUGGCAACGGCAUUAUCAUCAGGUAUUAAACGAGCUAGAUGCGGUUGGCUCACAAGGAAAGCUUUCACAAUUUUUGGAUUUCAAUGAGAUGAAAGAAGUGUCACAUGAGAUUGUUGAAUUAGAAAAGGCGCUUAGGGAAAAAUUGCAGCAAUUCAAGGAUAUUAUUGAUAAAGCAAGGGUCUCAAGGUCAAAAAUAGCUGAAAAAAUUGAUGUGGUUAUUAAGGAAUAUCAGCGUCCACCGUCUACAUACGAUAUGGAAGCCUCGAUUCUGACGAAUUUUGAUGAAAUGGUGGAAUCCAUUAAGAAACAAACACAUGAGGUAUCCGACGGCGACUUCAGAGAUACUACGAAGCAAGACUUAACAAUAAAGAUGUUGCGAAAUUUAAAGUCCUCUGCUGUCCCUAAUAUAUACACUAUUGCUCUUUCACUUUUUACUCAGGCCUCGGAAUGUAUUGACGCCAAGACUAAACUGCAAGAGAAGGUAAUAGCGCUUUUAGAAGUUAUAGCCGCUAAUCAAGUGGAUAUGCUUGUUGUAAGGGAUGUAUUGCUGCAAGAGGUUAAAGACGGUGUUGAGCGUCUACAGUAUUUAAUUCCUAUGCUGUUGAGGGUCAACGAUUUACCUGUGGCUUAUGGACUUUAUUUGAUCGAGAAAUACCGUAGGAAGAAAUGGCAUGAAGAGCUUCGUAUCAUUUCUGAGGAACAUGCUAGAACAAUACAGGAUAUUAUAGCCCAGGAGACGAAGCUGAGAGAUGAGUGGGCUGCGGAGUUCUCUCCUUUCUCCAGUUUAUUUGAGAAGAUUAAGGAUGUUGAUUACAUCACCAGAAAAACGAUCCCAAACCUUGUGUUACAAGAUACUGAUGAUACCUUAGUAACUGCAGAGGCUAUAGAGGGGUAUAUUUCAAUUCUAGCUAAAUUCCAAGUUGAGCAGGAUGCAUUGCGGCAGUUAAAACUUCAGCUACAGGACGCAACUAAAUCACACAUCCAUGGGCUAGCCGAAGGUGGCUCGGGUACUUUCGAUAAAAGUAAUACUAAUAUGAUACCUGGGGACAAUGGGCAUAAUAUGAAGGAAACAGUUGAAGCUUACAACUCUAAGAUAAAAAAAUUGGAAUCUCAAUUGAACAACUCUCAAAGAUCCAGUGUAAACUUGUAUCCUUCUAGCCUUUCUAACACUAGCAUGUUGAGCGCAUUCCAACCUAAUAUAUCAAGCAUAAACGAAAAAUUAAUGUCUAGUGAAUUUAAAGGUAAGCACAAGUUUGCUUCUUCCCUGAAGUUCAACGAUCGAGAGUUGCAACCAAUGUUCAACGAUUUACAGAAGCGAUUGGACUUAUUAACUGAAGAAAACAUAACUUUGCAACAGCAAAAUAAAACCCUGAAAUCAAAGCUGGUGAAUAUUGAAGACGAGAGGAAUGCAUACAAAGAAACGCUUGCGAUACUUAAUGUUGAGUUAUCGAAGUUAAUUUCUAGUCAGGAGUCCCAAAAAGCUGAAUUGUAUAAUAUUGGUCAACGAUUCAAAGAAGAUCUCGAUUUGGUUGCAAAAGAGAACAAAGCUCUACUAAAUUCAAUUGAUGGAUGGAAAAGAAAACAUGACAACAUUCACGCUAUGAAAGAAGACUUAUUGAAUGAUAUUUCAAAAAUGCAAAGCCGUUUUGCCACAGAAAAGUUAAAUUUUGAAAAAGAAUUGGAGUCAUUGCAUGGCAAGAUUGCUAGUCCAGUUCCUCUUCAGGCAACAAUGGAGAAUAAAAGUCCUAAGACUAAUCGUACGGCUAUAGAGAAUAGUACUUCAAAGAUGGAUAAGCUAAAAGAGAUCAACCGAAUUUUGGAAACAAAUUUGUACGAUAUAUUUUCUAGUAAUGUGUUCAUACUUGAAAAUAUUGGUCUGCUCCUUUCUAGAAAUCAGGAUAACCAAUUACAAAUCCUCCGAGUUAAAGGACUAAAGAAACGCUUGGGACAAAGCCAUAUUGAUGAAGAUUCAAUGUUACACUCAGUUGUGGUGCAAAGCUCUGUCUAUCAGGAGGUAAAGGAUUUGUAUUCUACUAUAAUUGCCAACUCUGAUCACUUUGAGAAACACCAAAUGUUUAGUAAUCUAAUAAGACAACUAUACUCCCAAGGCCUCUUCGAAACAUCUGUGGUGAAACGCUUUAGCGAUGUUGAAACACUCGCUAAGAAGUUAAGGCGAGAGAAUAAGUCCAAAAAGACAUUAAUAGAAAAAUACGACGCCGAUAAGAUAACUGUUAAAAAUCUUAAGGUUGGCGAUUUAGCUCUUUUCCUGCCAACAAAAUGUACAACAGCUUCUGUUACAUCCUCAGCUUCUUCCCUAGCUUCUGCAUUUUCUUCCGUGGAUCUCUCUACACCACCACUAGGGGUUCCCAGUUUUACAAGAACCGCACAUAGUGGACAUAUACGCAUGAGCACCAUUCCUUGGGCCGCCUUCACUGCUUCUGAGGUGGGCACUAGGUACUUCUUGAGGUGCUCUGAAGAACAAGUUCGGGGACGAGAUUGGCUGGUAGGCAGGAUAAAAUCUAUGGAAAAGCACACCGCUCAUGAAGAAGUCCAUAAUCAAUACAAACUACCGGCGGGAAUGGUCUGGUAUGAGGUUGUUGUGGAAUCUGCCGAGAACAGCUAG